AUGCUGUCGAAACUCCUUGCGACUUCUCUCUUAGCGCUGCAGGGCGCGGCUGCGUUCCUCAUCAUCCCUGAGGUUGAUAGCACCCAUGCCGUCGAUACAACAAACGCUCGCAGUCUCAGCAUAGCGACCACUUGCUCCAAAUGCCCGUUCCCAGAGACGCCAGACACUACCACCGCCUGGCUGUCCGGAGUGGACAGUUAUAUGCUCCUGAACCUCACAACUGAUGGAGGCAAAUUAUUCGUCAAUCAGAAGGAAAUCUACCCAGCUCCAGACAAAUCCACCGAUCUACAGACCGUGCUCGUUCGCAAGUCCGAUGAGCGCUUCAGCCAGCAUAUUGCCACCGGCUACGUCUUGGAGUUGUUGCAAACCCCUGAAUCUUCAAACGAGCAAGGACCCGAGCUUCUCACUUUCUACUUUACUCCCCUCCAAGUUGGCGGCCUCCCAGCUGCAGCGGACACUCUCUACAUUCCCGUUAUCAAAACCGCCAGGGGCAACCUCGUGAUCGUCAACUCCAAGGUCGAAGCCUCCUCAGCUCCACGGAUCGCAUGGCGACAGUGCGGACGCGAUGCACAGUGCUGGAAACGCCUACUGGUGGCUAGAAUUGCCGCCACCCUACGCGCUGCAAAGACUCGCGCUGCUCUCUUCGCCGCCAAAGUGUCAUCAACAUGGAAGGGCUGCCACGGAAAGCCGUACGGAUCUGGUCGGAUGCAAGGAGGUAGAAUGCACCACGGGCCCGGCCACCACAGAUACCAAAAUCCAACCUUCUCUCGCGCCUUCGCCCGUGCUCUACGUUUCGUGAUCAUCCCUGCAAUCAUCGGAUUGUGUAUCAGCCUGGUUGUUUGCUACAUCGGAUCUCUUGUUGGCCACUGCUUCGUUGCUCUAUGGAGAUACAGCCGCGGCCGACGCGACACUCACCGCCGCAGUCUCGACUCUGCCCAAGAAAACGGAGAAGCCGGAGAGAAGGAGGGUUUGAUGGACGACGUUGCACCCGAGCAUGAGGAUCAGCUACAUGGUCAGAUCAGGUUACCAGAGAAGGAGUAA